AUGGCUGCACGGUCGGUCGAUCCUCGUUCUCCGACGCGGCUGGUCUCUUCGUUCCAGCCUCCUGAGCCGCCUCAACAGGAAAUCAACGAAAAAGUACGGGAUGCCUUUGAGAAUCUCGAGCUCAGCAAUAUCCCGCUUUCACCAUCGGUUUACUCUGCAAACCAACAAUCGUGUCGACCUGGCCGGUCUCACGCACGUGUGUCUUCGCCUGGUAGAGAACGUUCUCGCGGACGGCAACCGGUAAGAAUGGAUAGAAGCACGAGUGACAGGGAAUGGGACGAGAAGCGAGGACUAGGUCUGAUGUAUGGCGUUACUGCACCGGUGCCGGGUCCUUCAAGUGCGCGUCCACAACAUGCGUGCCCAGGAACUAUUCAGGCACCCGUCCGUUCGUCAAGUCUCACGAGCGCGUCUUUUACACGGUCUCAGUCUGGCAUCCAGCCCGCGUGUGGCGGAUCGUCGUUUGCGCUGCCUCCACCGUACUCAACCUUACCUGGCGCUCUUCCUCAUUAUCCGAAUAAUUACUCGUCAUACUCAUCAUCCGUAAGGCGUAUGCUGCUUGUGGAGCGGAUACGACCCUGGCUGCCAUUCUUAGCCUACGGAGCGACGGUCGUUGGUUUUGCCUUGGCUAUUGCUUUCUGGAGAGAUGAGGUAUUUGGUGAAUUGGACGAACUUGCUCGGUGGUUAAGAGCCGAGGAAGAGAUCGGAUACGCUGUGAUGUUCUUCAUGAUUUUCUUGACCUGCAUACCUCCGGUCCCGCUCUACUCAACACUACAGAUUCUUUCCGGAUAUACCUUCGGCGCAUGGACUGGAGCUGUCGUAUCGUAUUUCUCUGCUCUCGCUGGUGCUCUCUUUGUCUUUUCGUUAUCACGAUCCAUUCCCUCGCUGCGUUCCGCCGUGACGUCCUGCAUGUCGCAUUCCCGAGCACUGCAGCGUGUCGUACGAGCAAUCUCGAGACGUCCAUCACUACUUUUCCUUGUCCGUUUAGCUCCGUACCCCUACAACGUCCUCAAUGCAUUACUUGCCGGAUGCCCACGACUUACUUUCCGGACUUAUGCUUCUUGCACGGCUCUUAGCCUAUUAAAGGUUAUUAUACACACGAGCGUUGGCGCAGGAAUCAAGAACUUCGCUGAAUAUCAUUCAUCGCCGAAGGAAAAUGGGUCGAGUGGAAAAAAUGGAUCCAACGACGAUCACUCGAAUUCGUUAGGGCACAUGUCGUCUAUCUUUGGCAUUGUGUUGUGUGUUGCACUUGCUAUUUAUCUGAUGUUGGUUGCGCGACGAGCGGUGGAUGAGGAAUUAGAGGACGACGAUGAUAUCGAAUGUGGACGAGGCCGAUCUCGUUCACGGGCACGCGCUGAUUAUGGAGUCCGUGCAGAUGAUGAAGAGAGUGCUGCUUUCCUUAGUGAAUCUCGUGGUGAGGACCUUGGUUCGGACUUUGCAGCGUUUGUAUCCGCACCAGCGAACGAUCCCGGGCGUGGCAGCUCGCUGCAGAAUGUUGAGAUGGCAGAACGCGAAGACCCGUCAAGGCUAAGGACAACGUCACCUGUACCAUUAUCGUCUCUGUCUGCGACUCCGUACGGUCCACCGGAAUGGUCUCAAUAG